CGUCUCGCUGGGAGCGCCUCUGAAAUUAUUUGCAUUUGAAGCACAGAGUGAUUCACUUUUGUUUGCCUCCUGCUGCUCUCGGCUACAGGUUGCAGCAACGGCUCAUCCUCUGACGGGCCGGUCCCCAGGACCCGGACUCUCCGGGGGCGUCUCUGAGGAGUAGCCUUGCGGCCCCAACAAUCUGUAGAGCAAAUGGAGGAGAGCGUUUUCUUUACGCUAGAAUCACGUAAAAUCCAGUUUUGAUUGUAUGCGAUGUAUUAGCCAGACGCGCCACCUGUAAAUGCAGAUUUAACUUUUUUGCAAGCCAAAAAAGAAAGAGUUGGACUACAAUGGUUGGAAAGAUUCCAUAGGAAGGAGGGAAUGUUUAGGAGAAAAAAGAAAAGGAAUAAUUUCCCCCAACAUCUCUGAAAGUGUGCAUUAUUGACUAUGCAAAGUAUUGGUCCUUGAGAUGAGAAUAUUCUAAUGCUGCACCUCACGGCUAUUAGAUUUGUUUGCCUCUAUUAUAACAGCAACAUCUGAGGCUGAGCUUUGUGUGGAAGACGUGGCCUGGUCAGGAGAGUAGGCGCUGCCCUCGUUGCAAUCACAUCCAUCCACUUCAGCUAUUUCCCAUCUCUAAAGUUGGGAAGCAAAUAUGUCACUUACUCUCAGUAAGGAAGAAAAUGAUGAUAACGACUUAACAUCACUUAUUCUAAGUAAGGGAGAAAAUGAUAAGGAGAACAACUUGCGGUAUAUGUCACUUACUCUAGGUGCAAGAGAAAACAACAGGGAAGACAAGUUUGAAGAUGCCUAUGAAAUUAUUCCUGCGGCCACAACAAUGAAUCUAUUAUCUUCCCUAGAAGAAUGUACAACUGCAUUGUACUUAUUUCUAAAUAACAGAUUCUCAGAAGCCAUAAAUCUCAUUUAUCCCUGGUCAAAAAACAGCAUCUACCACGCUCUAAUGUAUGGUAUCCUGAUGGUUGUUAAGGCUAUCUUGACUUUUGAGCCACACGAUAUCCAUCUUGGAAUGACUGCUGCAAAGGACGCUUUGAAAACCUGUAACAACUUCCGAAGAAAAUCUCGGAUGAUGAGUUUUUCUCGUGCAGUGAGUAAACAGGGAAUAAAGGCAAUCAAAGAAGAGGAAUUGCACGCAGAAGUCUGCUAUGCUGAGUGUUUGAUCUUGAAAUCCACUGUAACAUUUAUACAGGAUGACAGUAUGCUUAGUUAUCUUAAAAAUGGAUUCAGUGCUGGGUCAAGCUACCAAAUAUACAAAAACUGUCAACAAGUAUUAACACAGAUGCCUAACAAUGAAAGCAAAACCUAUAGACAACUGGCUGGUGGAAUAAAAUUUGGACUUGGAGCAUUCAACUUGUUGUUAUCACUUGUGCCACCAAAGAUUCUUAAACUACUCAAUAUUGUUGGAUAUUCUGGUGAUAGAGACAUAGGUUUGACUUUGCUUCGUGAGAGUGCAUCUGAAUCCCAUAUUAAUAAUAUCUUAAGUGUUUUGACUCUACUCUUUUACCACAAUUAUAUCUACGUUGCUUUUGGUAUUGAAAAGAGUCACCAUUCAGCUGUAGAGGAUCUCUUCCAAAUCUACCUCCAGAAAUUUCCAAACUGUGUCAUACUCAAAUUUUUUCAUGCACGGUUUAGUAUCCUGAAAGGAAAUUUUGAAAAUGCAAUGUUAAAAUUACAGGAGUGCAUUUGUACUCAGAAUGAAUGGAGGCAGGUUCAUCACCUCUGUUACUGGGAACUCAUGUGGUGCAACAUUUUUCUGCAAGAUUGGAAGCAGGCUUAUCACUAUGCUACUCUCCUGUUUCAACAUAGCAGGUGGUCCAAGGCACUAUAUUCAUAUAGUAAGGCUAUUCUACUGAUCUUGCUUCCUUCUGAUUUUGCGAAAUUGGUAAAUGAGGAUGUGAACUCUCUCUUCUUAAAAGUGGACACCCUUAGAGUCAAAUUUUUAGGAACUUCCGUGCCAAUAGAAAAGUUUGUUGCUGAAAAGGGUCAGCGCUAUGGUGCUUCUUUAGGCUGGUAUACAGCACAGCCCAUUCUGGAAUUCAUGUAUGCCUGGAGUGGUUUCCGAGUCAUGAGCAAAAAACUAGACCUUGUCUCAAGCUGGCUGUCAAUAAUUGACAAAGGAGAAGAACUUUUACGAGAAAAUCCAAAUAAUGAAUAUGGCACCGAUGACAUAAGUUUGUUAAACUUCCUGAAAGGUCUGUGCCUGAAGUACUUAGGCAAAUGUUCAAUGGCUGAGCAGUACUUUCAUCGUGUCAUUCAAAAGGAGAAAUUGUUAAAAUGGGAUCACUAUUUGAUACCAUAUACUUACUAUGAACUGGGAAUUCUAUACUAUCUAAAAGGAGAUUAUACCAGUGCAACAAAAAACCUAGACAAUAUAAAAAACUACAAAGACUAUUCCAUGGAAACUCGACUCCAGUUUAGGGCUCACAUAGCCCUUGAACAAAUAGACAAAGAAAAGUGAUUUAGAUGCAAAGUAUGGUUUUGUUUAUUGUGAAUGAAGUAUCUACAAUCAGCAAGCUAAUAGGUAGAAAAGUAAUUUCUUUGCAGAAGAAAUCCAAGAAGAAACAUCUGUUAAGAAUCUGACUAAUAACAAAUAAGCAAGGAAUUGGCCAUGACUUUUCCCUCUUUCCUUGUCCAUAUCUAUAAAUGGAAUGUCUUAGACUGGCAAAUGGAGUGGUGCACAUUCUUGAAAAAGAAAAUGCAUGUGAUGUAUAUUGUAGAAUAUGCUCUCUCUUUUAUGUUAUGAAUUUGUCAAUUACAUUAGAUAACAUUUUCCAAAACUCUAUUAUUUUUUAACUUCUCGCUAGAUAAUGUAUACAACGGCAAGUGAAAAAGGGACAAUAACUACACUAGGCAUGUAGUGUCUUGUAAGUGUGUUGAUUUAAAUGGUAAAAGAAAGAAAAAAAGACUGACAUUACUAAAAUUACUGACAUUUUAAAUUAUGAUGCACUGAAUAGCAGAUUCAUAGAAUAGUUUUUCUAUUAUAUACAAUGUUUAUUUGUUCUUUAUACCUAAGAUGUUUUUCACGUUGUGAUCAGUGGUAUAUUUUACCUUUUGUCAUUAGGAAGCCAAAUAUGGCUCUCUAAUUUACCAUAGGAUAAAGGAGAUCCCCCCCCACCGCCCUGCUUCCACACAACACAUACUUAUAAACCCUUUCAAUAUAAUUCGAGAAGGCCGGUCAAGUGGAUGGGGAAAAAAAGGAUAGACUGCUGGAAGAGUUUGGUUACCGCACAGCCCUCCCUUCAGUUGCCCUCCCUUCAGUUGCCCUCCCUAAGGUGUAAUUCCUAUUAAGACCAGCUCUUCAACAUAAUUAAACCAUUGGCAUCUAUCCUGUUGCCCUUGUUAGUGAGUUAAUCUGAGAGUAAACAGCAGCUGUAGGCCUGGGGUUCAGUAUUCUUUUACCUCCUUAAGGGAUAAAACCAGUCCACACCAUUGCCUGCUAAGAGUAUCUUCCUUGCAGUCACAACUGGAAAUAGAAGUUGCUAGGAAAGUUUGAUUUGCUAAAACACAUGAGUGAAACACACCUUAAAGCUCUGCAUGUUCAGUCAACCAAUAGAAGCACAGUAAGGAACUAACAGUUCAGAUUUAGAACUGCUUGCUUUGAAAAACAUGUUCCCUGUAAGUUGAAAAUAGACUUUUAGGUGAAUUGUACUUGAGUCAUUCCCCAUUAUUUAAUUAGUAUGAUAUAGUGGUUAGAGGGCAGGCUUUGACCUGAUUGCCUGGAUUUGUAUCCUAGCUCAGUUACCAACUAUGUGGCCUUGGGCCUUUGUGCCUCAGUUUCCUUAGCUAUAAAAUAGGGAUAGUAGUUUCUAAGGUGUGAUUUU